UAGUCUGGCAGCCCUCAGUUAGAGUCAUGCCCUCGAACGAACGGUCAAAUGUUUAUGUAAACUUUGUGACAAGUGAAUAGUGUUUCAAAAUAGUUUCGCGUCGCGUAAAUUGCAACAAACCGUAGUAUAAUAAUUUUUUAAUGACCACUAAUUGACCGUAAAAGUUUUAUCCUCGUUUCAUAGAAGUUUUAAAACAAAAAAAUAGUGCAGCUGUUUUGUGAUCGUGCUUCGGAAACAUUUUUUUUACAUUGUUUACUUUGUGUAUGUGUAGUUGAAUAAAAUGUUACAAAUAUUGCGGUUGUGAACACGUGCCAAAAAACUUAAAAUUAAAAAUGUCGUUUAAAAAAACGAAAUAAUGAUAUCGCAAUCAAAAAAUAGAGUGCAAGCGAUAAAGAGUAAAUUUGAGAAUUUGAACAACGAAAACGCGCCACUUUUAAAAAAAAAAUCACAGUUGUGUAAACAAAAAUAUGGGGCGGAUGAGAAUAACGAGAAAUUCGACGAAAUUAAAUCAAAUAACAACGAAAGACCGGUGGAAUCUGAUUCUUCUGGCGACGACUGGACCCCCAAACCCAACCAGAGUUAUUUGUACAGCAAAAGUGAUGUGAAAAGGACCUUCAGUGACGCUAAAAGUAGUCUUUCGCGACAGACUAGUGACCCGGGUAAAAAACUUCAUAGAAGUCACGCUUUUCGUUGUGAUCGCAGUCAAAUGGGCCCCAAACGCCACGGCAGUUGUAACGGUAGGUCAGAAACCACUGAUUUCACAUUAAAAACGGAGAAAAAGUUAAGCAAAGAGCGGCUAAAGCAACUUGGAAACUUUCUCGAGCUGCAAAUGAAAAAAGAGAACUUUGUGCCAUCUAGUGAGGAAGGAACCAUGCAUAAUUCAGUGCCAGAUGAUCAGGUACCCCCUGAGAUACUGGAGCAGUAUGCUCAAGUUAAUAAACCUAAGAAAAAAGAGGAGAAAUCCGAGGCUAUGACGGACAGCGGUGUUAGUUCUGAGACCGAAAACUUAGAAGAAGAUAAGUCUGGGCGUAUAAAGAAGCUGAUGACUCAGUUUGAAAAACCUGAUGUUCCAGAGCCUGAGACAAAGACUAACUUGGUGUUAAUGGAUGAUCUGGCAGCUUCCAGUGAGACAAUGAAGUUAGAACGUAAAAAUCCUCAUUUAAUCCUAACUGAUACAUUAAAAAAAGCUUUAAAACAACCACUACCCACCGGACCGCCUCCAAAGAAGCCUCCGCGAACAUUUGCAGCUCCAAUCCCAGAGAAACCUCACAAAGACCCUAAAGUUAUGCUGAAGAAACUGGAACAAGUUUUAGAGAGACGUAAAUCUCAAAACCAGAAGAUUACAGAAACAAGUCCCAAGCCGAAGGAAAUGCAUUAUUUAUGCACGGAAAUAUUGGACAUAACUCAACGGACACUUAAUAGUAGUCCAUCAGACCCCAUAUCACGGUGCUUCAACUCCCUGAACUGUACCGUUGGGAACUCCAUGUCUAGUCUUCCUUAUACCAGGCUAAGUACCCACAUAGAGACGGAUGAGAAUACUAAACCCUGUUCUUGUGUAGACAAUGAGUCUAAGUUGCUUUCAUAUACUGAUUCGAAAUGUUUGAAAUGCCAGAGGAAUGAUAAGUAUGAUGGUUUUAAAUGCCAUCUCACAUGCAAAUGUGAGGCAGACCGGGCCAAAUUCUAUGUGGAUGAACAUAUUUACGAUGAACCAUAUAUUGGUGAUGAUGAAGCUGUUAAAAAAAGUAAUUAUGGAACAUUAAACAAUCUGAAGAAUAAAAGCUACAGUAAGAGUCUGGAAGAUCUGCGAGCUAAGGACCAAACAAUCUACGAGAUACCGACAAACGCGCCGCGGUCCACGUCGCCGGACGUAGCGAAAAGUCGGAAAAUGGACUUCGAAAAACUGCUCAAGAAUUUCGAAAACGGUUUCAGUUCAAAGGAAAUGAGUAUUGAAAAGCCCGCAAUGGAACCGAUUGCGGAAAAGUCAUUCGUCGACAAAUCGAUUAUCGAAAAAUCGAUCAAACUAAAUCCGAUGCUGACAGCAAUCAAAGUUUCCAAGUCAACUGAAAAUAUAAUAGAUGUUGGUAAAUAUUUGAAAAGGGACAGGAAGUUUUUGACUGAGACCAAGAGGUAUAGAAACCAUAGUGAUAUGGGGUGCGGUGUUGGGCCGAAAAAAGAAAAUCCUCAGUUGGACGUGGACAAAGAGAAUUUGAAUCGCCUAAUGAUCGAGAUAUACGAGACCGUGACGGCCGCGUGCAACAUGGAAGGUGCCGGCAACAAGCCCGGUAGCUUCCCCACUGACCAGUCAGACGGCAGCACCAGCGAGGACUCAAUAAAACUAACGCGAAGUUUAACAGAAAAAAGGAAAAACUACGUUCGACGCGUAUCAAGCCGCGUUGCAUAUCUCGACACAAAGAGUAUACGGCAAACGAGAUUCCGACACCAGACCUCGAUCUGCUCGUACAAGUCGGAGAUCAUAGACAACCCCUAUUCCACCUUCCGGUCCUGGAAGAGCUUCAGACACUCACAGAGCAACCUGACUAAAGACAAAGUAGACAUGCCGACGGAUUCCAAAUUCAAUCUGACCGAUUCUACGGGAAACGUGAUGUCUAUGAGAUUCGAGAUGGAUAAACUGAGCAUAGACGAGAAGGCGGGAUGUUUGGAUAUAGAGUUGCCUUUGGAGGCGAGGGAGGCUGGGUUGUUCAACUUGUGUUUGCUGGUGGGUUUGAAUUAUAUGACUGGACAGGCGUAUGUGAAGAGCGUGUUUCCUUCACAAGCUCAAAUCCCACCACACAUAGAGAAUCUGGUGUUCCCAGAGACGCUUAGCUCAGCGUCGCGGGGCGAGUGGUGCGCGGACUCCAAGGGAGGGCAGUGUUACUCUCUAGUACUGACUGACGAAAGAGGCGAAAGGUCUUAUGGUUAUUGUCGUCGAGUAUUACCAGAGGGCGCCACCGCUUGUCUACCACUCUGUUACUGUAUUAUUGGGAGAUAUCGUGCCCCCGGAUUUUAUUAUAAGGUGCUUCAAGAAAUCGAAUCGCACCACGGCAGCUCUGACGUGGAGAUCAACUCCAUCCUGCAGCAGCUGUUCGAGACGGACUUCCCGAGCCGCGGGGAGGAGGUCACCGUCUCCUACCACCACACCGGACCUAGCAAGGAGAUGGUCAAAUGCAGCACCAUGCCGGACAUGAGGAGUUCGGCUGGUGGCAGCGAUCUGGAUUACUAUGAUGUGGAGAACAAUAACGGACCUAGGAAGGUGAUGCUCAGCUUUGAAGGGUAUAGGACAAAGACGAUAAAGCGUCCCAUAGAGCCGCGCGUGGACGAGGACAACCUGUCGACGCUGCUGGACCUGCUCGGCGCGGGGCUGGUCAUCAAGGUGUUCGGCUCGCUGCUGCUCGAGAGGAAGGUCAUCAUCAUCGGCGAUCAGCUCACUGCGGUGUCGUCGUGCCUCGAGGCGCUGCAGAGCUCCCUGUACCCGUUCGUGUGGCAGCAGCCGCUGAUCUCGGCGAUCCCGGCGGAGAUACAGACGGACGUGCUGGAGGCGCCGCUGCCGAUCCUCGCCGGCAUGCUGAAGACCAGCGGCGACAUCGACGUGGAGGGGAUACUGUUUGAGGAGGGCAUGCUGAUAGACCUAACGCACCCGUCGAAGGUGCUGUUCUGCCAGAGCGACGAGUCCACCAUCCUGCCCACCUCCAGCUACAAGACGCUCAAGACCUCGCUGCAGAUGGAGUCCACUAAACAUAAGGACAAGCAGGAAGACACAAAGACGCGCAACGUGAUGAUAUCGGAGGCGUUCAUGCGGUUCUUCGUGGACAUCCUGGAUGGCUACUGGCGGUUCUACAGGGACGGCGCCAUGAAGGACGGAGAUAUGGGCAAGGAUGGCGCUGUUUUUGACAAAGACGCAUUCAUAAAGAGCGCAACGUCAAAACAGAAUCAGUAUUUCCUAGAGUGGUUCACGGAGACAGCCAUGUUCAACCACUUCGCCCAAAACAUGGCCACCAAGCAUCUCCACAAGGCCCAAGGUAGCGACAUCGACGUGGCGUAUGUGGAUGCGCCCUUACCCGACUUCUACCAUCUCUUCGACGACAGAAUAUCAAAUAUAACGAGGUUUAACAUGAGCAAGAAUGUCGAGGGAAAGAAUUAUAAAAGCGCCAUGAAUAGGAAGGUUAAAAUGCUGAAGAAUAAGUUGAGGGAUUUGGUAGCAUAACCAGUAAUGGACAGAUAUGGGACCUGAGAUGGAUCAAAGUAACCCGUAAUGAUCAGGAUGAAGUUAAUGGAUAUAGACUGGGUUUGCCAUUUUUGGGUUUUUCUUAGAGGAACCACUUAGAGUUACUGAGGUGUUACGCCAAAAAAGUAUAUUAGCCUAUGCGUCAUAUAUGGCGAUGUAACCAAACAUGGACUUUGUUGGAAUACCCAGUAAAGCAGUAAAUGAAGUUUACGGAAGUAAUGAUGGACACUCGAUGCGUAGUGGAGUAACCAGUAUUGGACACGGUCUUAUCGUCCCAACGGACUAGAGUGGGAUCGAUCAUAUUUAUACUUCAAACACUAACCAACAUUAAUUGUGGGAAAUGUUACUAUCUCCAGUAAUGGACACAUAGUAAGCUUUUUUGUUCCGAAUUCUCGCAAGCAAUAUAUUUGAGCUGAUUAAGAAUAACAUAUCGAGAAGCAAUAUUUCCCAGCCUUUAAACCGCCCAACUGUGGGCUUCACCUCUCCAAUAGAUACCACAUUAAAACAAACCAGUAGCUAUUGUAUAUUUCAAUGGAUUUAUAAUCGGACUAACAUUUUUCAUAGUAUACUAGUGCAUAUCGUAUGUUUGCGGAAAAUAAAAGAAGGAAUGGAAAGAAAAAUAAAACUGGUAUAUUUAUAAUAUUUAUGAUCUAUCUCUUAUGUACUAAUCUGUGAAUUAUCAAAGUUUAUUUUUUUACGGGCAACGCAAAAUUGGCUCCACUGCACCUGAUGGUAAGUGGAGUGUGGUCCAAUAGAAUGUCGACUGACGAGAGAUGAUUACCUCGCGACAGUCAAUACAAUUAUGACGGCCUGUUGAACGGAAUCAUACUACAAAGAAUCUGGAUAUUAUAGUCAGUGUCAUUAAUGAGACCGAGUAUCAUAAUGUUCAAGUAAAUGUAAUCUACAAGUUAAAGUUGACUGCAUUCUUGCUUACGAUUUAAAUGGAAGUUUGACUUUUGUAUUUGGUCGGCCUAUAUUAUCACCCCCUUAUUCAUAGACAUUAUUUAUCUAAGGACGGAGCAUUGCUGUGAUAAUAAGACUGUUUGUUCAGCUUUGUUUAUCUGACAGCCAACUAGAUUCAAGUUGUAUCUCAAUAUUAGCCAAUCACAACGGCCCUAUGUCUACGCUCUGCGACGGCUGCCGUCAGCACUGAGAAACAGACUUGUUAUCACAACAAUGCUUCGUCCUUAGAUAAUAAACGUCUAUGAAUAAGGGGGUUAAUGUUUACUCAAACAUUGUAAAAAGGAUCUUAGAAUAUGACGAGCGCGGUGCCAUACAAUUUGUAAUAAAAAUAUGGUGUUGCUUUAAGAGAGCAAUUUGCUCGUCCUACCUAGUUUAAUGUGGUAUCUACUGGAAGGUGUUUUGCCAAGUUCUAAAACAAGUCUUCCGCGCCAUCUCUCGGUAGAUGGUCGAGACAGACGUCUUGGCUGGACUGAACGAAUAUAGAUCUUAGUUUUUGUUGUAAUUUGUACACCCACUUGUGUCUGGUAAACGUUAGUAUAAAAUAUCGAGUUACUCUAAAGAGCAAUUUUAAACUUCUUGACUGUUGGAGAUUGCGGAUUGAUGUUCUCAAAUUACUUCAGAGAGUCUGAAAUAAUGGACUCGAUGUUUAAGCCCAUAUUACAUUUAAAAUCAGAUUAUUUAUCUGACAAAGAUUCCAUGCUUCUUGUAAAAUAUAAAUAGCAAUAUCGUCCGUGUAUAUCUUGCUAAACGUCAAUUGCUCAUCAGAGUAACUCCGAUCUAUGAUUCUAUCGUAAGAAAUAAGGUAAAAAAGUUAAUGCAGUUGAUAUCAAUAUUGCUGUGGCCACACUAAAGGUAAUGCCUAACACACAUUCGCAAUAUAUAGGGACAUUUUAACAUUGCGUUAAUAAAUGAACCCAUAUAGUCGUCUAUACCUCUGCUAACCCGUGUGGGGGAAAAGGAACCCUCUUAGGAGGGGAGAAGGCCACGAAAUGUUUACGAUUCCUCAUAGGCCUUAUGUGAUUUGGCAAGAAUGAGGUAUACAUACUUAACUGUAUCCCUAGGGCCGCGACAAAUGUCCAUGCUUGGGCGUGUAGUCGGUGUAGACCGACUGCGCAGGAGUUGCUUCAGGGUGAAUUAAUGACAUAAGAUGUUAGUGUGGCCGCAGGUUGACAAUAAGAUAUCAAAUUGUAAUUUGACUACCCGUUAACCAGAACAAGUGGGUUUAACUAUUCCAUUGAUGUAUCAAAACUACAGUUAACAGCCAAUCCUGUUGAAGAUCAAGCAAUCUAGCGAAACUUAGGAAUAAUAAACAAAGUAUCCUUCAAGGAUAAUUAUGAUCUUCAAUUAUUAACACAAUAUUCGUAAAAGGAGGAAAUGUUAACUUAUAGUCACUUCUCUUCAAAUACAGUUAUAUUUUAUUCCUGUCUCAGCAUGGCAGGUUUAGGUAACUUGACAAUUAUCUUUUUUUAAUUACUAGAAUACUGUUUUUGAUAUAUUAAUGGAAUUAAAAACAUGUAUGGGAUGUUCGUGGCUAGAAAUGGAUUCUUAAGUAUAACAUUGCAUAACAUCAAGAUGGCGGCCAUAGUAAGAAAAGGUUCCAAAACAAAAGGAAAUUGCGUUUUUUUCACGAGUUAGUGACGUCAAUCGGUUUUAAAAAGUGAGUAUUAUAUGAGGAAAAACAUCUAUCCGUUUUUUACAUGUCUCUAAGGGUAAAGAUGGUAUUUGCUUUAAUUUUUUCUUUGAAUAUUUAUUUAAGUCUCGUACAUCUCAUCAUGUUUUACAUCACAUUAACCAGUAAUUAUAGUUUUAAUUUAUCUGUUAAUAAUUAGGCCUUAUACUGUUUAAUUUAAGGUAGAAAAUGAUAUAUAGCAAAGUUAAGGAAAAAUAGAUAUACCCAACAAACCUUUUACACUAUUUAUUUUACUACACACAUAAAAACAACAAAAAAUAUAAAAAGGCACAAGGAACAAUACAAUACGAUGGAUUCGUUGCAAUAUGUGUACUACAUGGUAUUGAUUAUGAAUUACCAUAAAUAGUGUGCCUCGCCUAGGAAUCGAACCACGAAACUUCUGAUUUAAAAUACGGAUUCUACCACUGCACUAGAGGUGAUAUGUCCCAUCUACGGCUGUUGGGUGUAUCUGUUUUGAAAUUUGCCUUAAAUAUGCCUUAUGUAUGAAAUGUUAGAGUUGAAAAUCCAGUUGCUGAAGUAUCGACGAUCGCUUUUAUUGUGUUUCGAUCGCGUUGCUAAUCGUUAUGUAUUUGUAUUGUAUACUAUUGUAAAUAUAUUUUUAGAAAUAAAAUUUAUUAUUACAUUCCCUUGAAUCUAUUUAUCUAGUGUUUUUUGACUUUGAUUAUUUGAAUUUGGCCUAAAUCUAUAUAUAAGCAUAUAAAAUAUGAAAAAGGGAUAUAUUCUUCCAUCAAUAUUUUAAUUCAAAAUGUUUAUUACAUUAUGGUAGAGUUACUGAACUAAUUUUGAUGAAAUUUUGUAUUUCGACAACCUCUGGUAUAGAAAAUAGUUUAUGCUCUCGAAAAUGCUGUUUCGAGUUACAAAUUUCAAAAGCCAAACUGUAUGAAAUAAAUAAACCAAACUUGAAAA